CGUCACCACCACAACCACCUCCAUCACCAACCACCAGCUCAACCAGAAACCUCCGGCAACUUAAUCCUCAUUGACCGGUUUAACAAAAUUUUAUGGAAAUCUUUUGAUCAUCCAAUGGACACAAUCGUCACAGGUCAAAGACUUCCGGUCGAUGGAAUGUUAAUCUCGACCAACUCUGCGGUGGCUUUUUCCGACGAAGAUUACACGUUUACGGUCACCUCCGACGACGGGAUAUUACAAUGGAAAAACUUAACGUAUUACAGUUUAUUACUCGAUUCAAAAUCGGUAAUAAACUCAAACGGACCCAUUAUCUCUUUGAUGGUAAUAAACUCAGCGAUUGACGGAGUGUUGAAUGAAUUCGGGAUGUUAUGGGAGGUUAUAAAGGCGCCUUUGAUAGUCCCAUUGCUGCAAUUUGCAGUUUACAUUUGUUUAACAAUGACUGUAAUGCUUUUUGUUGAAAGACUUUACAUGGGUGUUGUUAUUAUUCUCAUAAAACUGUUCUGGAAGAAGCCCGAACAGCGGUAUAGAUGGCAACCAAUUUAUAAAGAUGCCGAAAUUGGGAACAUGUCUUUUCCUAAAGUUCUUAUUCAAAUUCCUAUGUUUAAUGAGAAAGAGGUGUACAAGAUCUCAAUUGGUGCGGCGUGUAGCUUGUCAUGGCCGGUCGAUCGCCUUGUUAUUCAAGUUCUUGAUGAUUCUACUGAUCACAACAUCAAGGAUUUAAUUGAGAACGAAUGUCGACGUUGGGCAAGCAAAGGAGUGAACAUAUGGUACCAAAUAAGGCAAAACCGGGGCGGGUACAAAGCAGGCGCACUUAGAGACGGAUUGACUCAUGAUUAUGUCAAAGAUUGUAAAUAUGUCACCAUUUUCGACGCGGAUUUCAGGCCUGAACCGGAUUUUCUCCAGCGAGCCAUCCCGUUUCUUGAGUUUAACCCUAAAAUCGCCCUUGUUCAAGCUCGAUGGCGGUUCGUGAACUCAAAUGAAUGUUUGUUAACAAGAAUGCAAGAAAUGUCACUAGAUUACCAUUUCACAGUGGAGCAAGAAGUGGGAUCUGCCACUCAUGCAUUUUUUGGCUUUAAUGGGACCGGUGGCGUAUGGAGGAUUGCCGCCAUCAAUGAGGCCGGCGGGUGGAAGGACCGUACAACUGUGGAGGACAUGGAUCUUGCGGUUCGAGCUGGUCUCCAAGGAUGGAAAUUCGUCUAUCUAGGUGACCUUCAGGUUAAAAGCGAACUUCCUAGCACAUUCAAAGCAUUUCGUUACCAACAACAUAGGUGGUCUUGUGGACCGGCUAACUUGUUUAGAAAGAUGGUGCUUGAAAUCAUUAGAACAAAGAAAGUGACGGUAUGGAAGAAGUUGUACGUGAUCUAUAAUUUUUUCAUUGUGAGAAAAAUAAUCGCGCACAUGGUCACAUUUUUCUUCUUUUGUGUCGUUCUCCCGCUCACCAUCUUGGUCCCGGAAGUUGAAGUCCCGGCAUGGGGAGCCAUCUACAUUCCUUGCAUCAUUACCACAUUGAACUCGGUCGGGACACCAAGAUCAAUCCACUUAUUGUUUUACUGGAUUCUUUUCGAGAACGUCAUGUCAUUUCAUCGAACAAAGGCAACAAUCAUUGGUCUUCUCGACGCAAAGAGAUCUAACGAAUGGGUUGUCACCGAAAAGCUUGGAGAUUCAAUCAAGACCAGAAAAUCAACACGCAAAACGUUCAAAUUUAACUUUAGUGAUAGGAUUCAUGUUAUUGAACUGGGAUUCGCGGUAUACUUGUUUUUCAUCGGAUGCUACGAUUUCAUGUAUGGAAAGCACCGCUAUUUCAUAUACAUUUUCCUCCAAGUGAUAACAUUCUUGAUCGUCGGAGUAGGUUAUGUGGGCACAGUUGUCCCGAGGACUUAGAGAGCAUUAGAUUUAUGCAAGAUUGUCGUUUCUCAUAUGUGAUAUCUUUCGAUCCAAAAUAGUUACGACAUUUGUUUCUUCAUGUGGCAACAAGUUGAAAAAGAAGCAGAGAAACACACCCAAACUUAAAUGCCUAUGACAACAAGCAGAGUGUAUGUAGUAUACAGUUCAUAGAAUUUUGCAUUAGAUUUCUUCAAGGGGAUAUAACUUAUGAGAAAAUUGUUUAAUUCAUGAGUCUUCAUUGUAUCUAUGUGAUGUAAUUUUGUUAGAAGUAUAUUAUACCAUUAAAUGAAUGGAAA